GCGCCAGUCUUCUUGCAGCGGGCGCGCGGCCGGCUGCUUGUUGCAGUGCGCGGUGCGAACUAGGACACACGAGUUCGCGGUCAUAGGCUCGAACGAACAUCGAAAUCGACGGUCAGUGCGGUGACCAUGAUGAUGGACAACGGGGUGAUAACAAAUAACUAUGAGUACACGGAUGGGUACAUGGAACAGGAGGAGGAGUGGGAACGCGAGGGUCUCCUAGACCCGGCUUGGGAGAAGCAACAGAAAAAGACCUUUACAGCAUGGUGCAACAGCCACCUGCGCAAGGCCGGCACGGGCAUCGAAAACAUCGACGAGGACUUCCGCAACGGCCUCAAACUGAUGUUGCUGCUCGAAGUCAUCUCCGGUGAAACCCUGCCAAAGCCCGACCGCGGAAAGAUGCGCUUCCACAAGAUCGCGAACGUUAACAAGGCGCUGGACUUCAUUGCGUCCAAAGGCGUUAAGUUGGUGUCCAUCGGUGCUGAAGAAAUCGUUGAUGGCAACCUGAAGAUGACGCUCGGUAUGAUCUGGACCAUCAUCCUGAGAUUCGCUAUUCAAGACAUCUCAGUGGAAGAAAUGACCGCCAAGGAAGGUCUACUUCUCUGGUGCCAGCGUAAGACUGCACCAUACAAGAACGUCAAUGUUCAGAACUUCCACCUCUCCUUCAAGGAUGGUCUGGCUUUCUGCGCCCUUAUCCACAGGCACAGGCCAGACUUGAUCGACUACAGCAAACUCUCCAAAGAUAAUCCUCUUGAGAAUUUGAACACCGCAUUCGACGUCGCCGAGAAGUAUCUUGACAUCCCACGCAUGUUGGACCCCGAUGACCUUAUAAACACACCAAAGCCGGACGAGCGUGCCAUUAUGACCUAUGUGUCAUGUUACUACCACGCGUUCCAAGGCGCGCAACAGAACACCGCAAUGCCAGACGAGCGAGCCGUCAUGACCUACGUCUCGUCGUACUACCAUUGCUUCUCUGGUGCUCAGAAGGCUGAAACGGCCGCGAACCGUAUAUGCAAGGUUCUCAAAGUCAACCAGGAGAACGAACGCCUCAUGGAAGAGUACGAGCGUCUCGCCAGUGACCUCCUUGACUGGAUCCGGCGCACGAUGCCGUGGCUGAACAGCCGCCAAACCGACAACUCGCUUGCCGGUUGCCAGAAAAAGCUGGAAGACUACCGUACUUACAGGCGUAAACACAAGCCACCUCGUGUAGAGCAAAAGGCCAAGCUCGAGACCAACUUUAACACCUUGCAAACCAAACUGCGCCUCAGCAACCGCCCUGCCUAUAUGCCCACUGAAGGCAAGAUGGUCUCUGACAUCGCUCAAGCUUGGAAGGGUCUAGAAAUCGCCGAAAAGGCGUUUGAGGAAUGGCUUCUGAGUGAAAUGAUGCGUCUUGAGCGUCUUGAAUACCUGGCGCAGAAGUUCAAGCACAAGGCAGACAUCCAUGAAGACUGGACCAGAGGCAAGGAAGAGAUGCUUCAAUCGCAAGACUUCCGUCAAUGCAAGCUGUACGACAUCAAGGCUCUGAAGAAGAAGCACGAGGCUUUCGAGUCAGACCUCGCCGCACACCAAGAUCGCGUUGAACAAAUUGCGGCCAUCGCACAAGAAUUAAACACCUUGGAGUACCACGAAGUUGCUUCAGUGAACACGCGGUGCCAGCGUAUCUGCUCGCAGUGGGAUCGCCUAGGUGCGCUUACGCAACGCCGUCGUCUUGCCCUUGACGACGCUGAGCGCGUGCUCGAACAGAUCGACCUGUUGCACCUCGAGUUCGCCAAACGUGCUGCGCCUUUCAAUAACUGGUUGGACGGCACUCGGGAAGAUCUGGUGGACAUGUUCAUCGUCCACACCAUCGAAGAGAUCUCGGGACUCAUGGACGCGCACGCGCGCUUCAAGGCCACGCUUGGCGAGGCCGACAAGGAAUACCAGGCCAUCGUCAAUCUGGUGCACCAAGUCGAAUCUAUCGUCAAGCAGCACCAGAUACCUGGCGGCCUGGAGAAUCCGUACACCACUUUAACAGCACACGAACUGAACCGUAAAUGGUCGGAUGUCAGGCAACUAGUCCCGCAACGCGACGGCACUUUAGCAGCCGAGUUACGCAAGCAGCAGAACAAUGAGACGCUGCGUCGCCAGUUCGCGGAGAAGGCCAACGCCGUUGGGCCCUGGAUCGAGCGACAGAUGGAUGCCGUCACCGCCAUCGGAAUGGGCUUGCAGGGCUCACUGGAGGACCAACUACACAGGCUUAAGGAAUACGAGGCGGGCGUGUAUGCAUACAAGCCACAUAUCGAAGAGCUUGAGCGUAUCCACCAAGCCGUACAAGAAGGCAUGAUCUUCGAAAACAGAUAUUCACAAUACACAAUGGAGACGCUGCGCGUGGGCUGGGAACAGUUGCUCACGUCCAUCAACCGCACCAUCAACGAGGUGGAGAACCAGAUCCUCACACGCGACUCCAAGGGCAUCACGCAGGAACAGCUCACGGAGUUCCGCGCCUCCUUCAACCACUUCGACAAGAAUCGCACCGGUCGCCUGGCACCUGAAGAGCUGAAGUCGUGCCUAGUAUCGCUAGGCUACAGCAUCGGCAAAGAUCGGCAAGGCGAACUCGACUUCCAGCGCAUCCUUGCUGUCGUCGACCCCAACAAUACUGGCUACGUAUCGUUCGAUUCGUUCCUAGACUUCAUGACAAGGGAAUCUACAGACACUGACACCGCUGAACAGGUCAUCGACAGCUUUAGGAUUUUGGCUGGUGAUAAGCCGUAUAUAACAGCAGAUGAAUUGAGACGCGAGCUGCCACCUGACCAGGCCGAGUACUGCGUAGCGCGCAUGCCACCCUACCGUGGACCUAACGCGCCUCCGCACGCACUUGACUACAUGGCCUUCUCCACUGCGCUUUACGGCGAGACCGAUCUCUAGAUACAGGUCUUAUCAGCAAAAAUUGCCUGAAAAAUCCCUAUUGGAGAGGGAUACAUCUGACGACAGAAGAUCUUAGCUGAGUCGCCCAGAACUCUUAGAGAACCUGACCGGCGAAGCAGCAUCGAUGCUACAAAACAAAAAUUAUUUCCCUUAAUUUGGCCUCCUCAUAUAUCGCCCUAAAUAGGUCAAAUUUAAAGCAAAUAAUUUUUGUAGAAAACAAUUUAGUUUAUAACCGUUCUGUAUUAAAAAAAUGUGCAAUGUUAAAACCAAAAAUGCCAUUAACUUUCCUACCAUGAAGUUCUUCUCCCUAUUACUUACUUUUGGCUCAAAUCAGAAGGAAUAUCUGUAUUUUAACUAUACUAUUUAUAUAUUAGUGUUAGGUAUUUUUAUCUUUUGUAUGAAAAUUAUCAGGAAAGUCACAAAACAAUUAUUUGUAAGUUAAAGUGGUGCUAAUGUUAGGCUUGACUAAUGUGUGACACCAAAAUGAGACUCAUUCACAUUGUAAGAAUGUUUUUGUUAUAUUUUAUUUAUUUAUAAGCGAACAUUAUUUAUAUUAGUUUGACUUUUUUUUAAUGACUGCCACUAGUAAUUUAUCAUACUUUGUUGGUAGGUUUUAACAUUAUGUAAGUGAUUAUAAAAUUUAAUAAAAGUUGCAGGGAAGUGUCACACAAAUUAUUUAUUUAUCAUAGAUCGCCAUAACUUGCCUGCAUCUAUUUAUUUAUUUGAAUAUCAUUUUUUAUGAUAAUCGUUUGUGAGAGUAUUUUGGUUUGAGUACUCUAAAUAAAUGAUCUGCCAUA